AUGAAGCAGACGACGUGUUGUCGGGCGCUAUCGCGAGGGACGCAAAGAGCGUCACGAUCGACGACAGUGUCCGUAGAAUCGUCAAUCGAGCAGCAGAGCCGGAGUGGAGCAUUCCUGAACCCAGCCACUUCGUCGCCGCUGCGGCCGCCAGACGACCAGUCCUCGUUAACCCCAAAUCUGAUCCGAACGGCAACCACGACCACCUGCGGAAACGACCGGGUACGAGCGGCAGCUUGGUUGGUCGUCGACCACCAACCAGUCAAAGAAGAGGAACCGAUGGAGGCUAGCAGUGCUACUCUGUCUCUGCCAAUCGUCGCAAUGGCCGUGAAUCAGUCGAGCAGAAGUUUGGAAACAUCGCUAGCAGAGGUGAGCAUAGACAUUGAGCGGAAAGGAGAAGCUGAGGCGGUGGUAACUCUCCGGGUCAAUUCCACGAGGCCGGAGGUCACACUGGUAGCUCAAGUCACGGCAACAGCGAUCAGAAAGACGGGGCCAGUGGUGAGCACGGCGGCACCAGUCGUGCGAUGGAAGAUGGCUUUUAUGGUGGCGUCGACUGAAGAGGAGGCGGGGACAAAGAUGAAGAUGGAAGCUGGCGGGAUCCAGUGGAGGUGUUCGUCGUCGAAGAUGGAGGACGACGGUGGCAGCGGGUUUCCUUCCGCAAGCCCUAGGUCACCAAAAGUGGGUCGCACGGAACAUCAGGGGAGAGAUCGUAUGGGCCAAGUUUCAUGGGCCCGGAGUCUGCUUUGGAUCCAUGGGUUGGAUGGUGGUUAA